AUGUUUUCCCGGGCCGCCAAGUCCAUCGUGAAAACUAUCGGUCAGCGAAAAUAUCAUGCUGGUGAAGAGAACAUCAAGUCGGCGGUGAUUGGAGGCGCAGGGGAAAUAGGACAAUCUCUCUCGCAAAUGUUGAAACAAACCUCGAAGCUCGACGUACUCGCACUGUAUGACGUGGCCGCGUUAAAUAAACGAUAUUUAACACCGAUGCAAAUCAAGAACUUCAAGGACAGUAACACCGCAGCAAAUACCGCGAAUUCGCGGAUGUUGACGAUGCUGGAGAAAUCGAGAUCGAAUAAGAGCGGCGAACAUCUGCAAACAUCGUACUUCUCGAGUCGUGUGUCAAAUGCAAACCAGAAUGCGACCGAAGAGCUCGUCAGAAGUCUGCGUCAGCUGCCUAUCGCCGAGGAAUGCGCCACAAAUCAGUUUGCGAGACCAACGAUGGAAUCGCAGCCGCAGGUUACGCCAGACACCCUGGCCAGACACCAUCAGAACGGUAACGCUGUCCAAGCCAAAUACGAUUUAAACACACCGUUGCUGAGGCCUCUUCUCAAGCUUUCCACCGCGAUGCUUGGUAACUUGCGAACCAGAAGUCGAUACUCUUUGGGAUCGUACGUUCUUAAUCGGCGCAGUUGGGCGCCGUCGAAAAUACCUAACACGAGCCUGGCGUUCGCGAGGAACUUUACCACUACACCCGUUCUAUCGAAGGGUAGCGAGAAGAUCGUGCGUUUAUCGAAAGGAUUGACGAGAAGCUUGUGGCAAGAGCAAGCGAGGUUCUUUCGAAACGAUUCCAUCCUGAUGGGCAAAGCGCACGGCAAAAGGCCACCUCGUCCUCCCUCCAAACUCUCUUCCAAGUCGGUUCCCGAUUGUAGCAAAGGCCAGAGUCCACGGAGAAGGUCUUGCAGACAACCGUACCAACGACAGAAGCCGUGUAUCCCACAGGAUAAAUGCGUACCACCCGCUCCACCGUGCUCUCGUCCACGUCCGAAGAACCCCAAGUGCCCCCAGCCUGAAACACCAUGCCCACCCCCUUGUCCCAUGCCCUGUGAAAAACCCGUGGAGAAGCAUCUGCCGCCGAAGAUAUGCUAUCGAAAGUGUCCUCUGCCUCCGAGACCACCCAAGCCUCCGAAGUGCCCCAAGUGUCCAGCUCCAUUGCCGCCUCCACCGCUACCCAAGGUACCUCGACCACCCAAAUGUCCUCCACCCUGUCCGCCACCGCCCGCACCACCGCCACCCAGGUGUCCGAAAGUGCCAAAGUGUCCCGAAUGUCCACCACAAAGGGAGUGUCCGCCGCCACCGCCUUGCGAACCUUGCCCUUGUCCGCCGCCAUGUCCUCCAGCCUACUGCCCACCUCCACCACCGUGUCCACCUUGUCCACCACCCAUUCCGUGUCCCAGACCACUUCCUUGCCCACCUCCCCCUCCACCCAGAAUCUGUCCACCUUGUCCACCGUGCGCGGAGUGUCCCGAACCUCCACCAUGUCCACCUCCGCCACCGUGCAGUCCUUGCCCCUGUCCUAAACCGCCACCACCUUGCCCAUGCCCGAAACCCUGUCCACCUUGUCAACAAGUCGCCAAACCGCAAGUCUCCUGUCCCAAUGACGUCCCGUCUUGUCCCAAAAAUAGCGGGAAAGGUCCGCGAAAGAAGAACCGAAAUAAGCCGAGGAAGAGGAGGAUGUCUACUUAUCACGCGGCAUCUAAGUUCGCACCUCUGAGGAUCGAUUACAGAAGAUUCCACGUCGACUCGACGUUACUCGGUUCGUCUGACAAGUCUAGGAAACCCACAGCGAAACCACCCAGUUGCAAGGAUUUGGAAGACAUUUGCGAGGACAAGAGACGCAGCUGCGUGAAAACUUGCGAGAGGAAGCCCGAGAAGAAGAAGAAGAAGAAGAAGGACGUGUGUGCCGGCAGAAAGCCGGUAAAAUUGCGGGAGAGGAAGAAGGAGAAACAGGGCGAGUGUGACGACAGGUGCUUACCAAAGGGAAAGUGCGAGGUGCCUGAAUUCGCUAAACCGCCGAAAAUGGAAUACGGGCCGACUACUUGCCCAACCCCGAAGUUUGUCUCGCCUAAACCCUGUCCGGAAAUUCCUGAGGCGAAGUACGAAGUAGAACCGUGCGUCGAAAUUCGAACGUCCGGUAAAGCGAAAAAAGAAAUUUGCGUCCCGCCGCCUCUUCCUGAACCACCGACGGACCCGGUGAUUCUUUGCCCUUGUCCACCUCCACCGAAAAUGCACCCUGGACCUUGUCCUUGUUACGAUCUAAAAACGGUUAAGCCGUCCAAACCGACGCUGCCACCGUGUCCGCACAAGGAGAAAUACGUUUGUUGCAAAGAUCCAUUUUAUUGUCCACCGGAGAGAUUGGAAUGUAAAAGGCGCAAACCUUGCGAUCCCAAGAAAAUGAAGAAGAGGAAGGAAAGGAAGGACAAAUAG